AUGGAUUACUAUACCGCUACUCUCAUUCUUCUCUUCAUACUGCUGGCUUUUGCUGCGUAUCGACAUUAUACGCAUGCGUUAUCCAGCCUGGUUCUGAUGUCUGCAGAUGAGGCCAAUCGUCUUGAUCUGAUGGAUGAUGAGAUUCACGAUUUCAAUCAUGAGACAACUGCCGAAAGAUAUUUCAACUUUCGUAGCAAGUUCCUGUGGACUUAUGGCCUUGCUAUAGCAGCAGACUGGCUACAGGCAUCAUACCUAUACAGCGGUUUGAAGAAUAGCCAUCGUCUGUCGGAACCUAUAAUUGCCGCUCUCUUUGCCACCGGACUUGUUUGCGCUGGAACUAGCACUCUUUUCAUCGGAUCCAUCGUCGAUAAGUACGGCACAAAGGCCAUGUGCCGAUACUACUGUGUUAUAUCCUCCCUUUCCUGUCUGACCAUGCUGUCCGGCGGCGUGCCAAUGCUAUUUAUCAGCAGAGCACUGGGUGGAACCAGCAAUACCAUACUCUACUCAGCUUUUGAAUCGUGGAUGGUAGCAGAGUAUCAUAAGCAAGGCUUCGCGGAUUGUGUGGGCGCUUUGGACGUGAUGCAUAGCUCUAUAGCGAUCACCAAUGGUUUUGUCGCUGUAGGAAGUGGUGUUGUUGCCCAGAUGUUUGCGUCCAUCUUCGGUUCACAACUUGCCCCCUUUUUCGUCAGUCUCAUUUGUCUAGUAAUGGCACUGAUGUCCAUAACCCGGUCCUGGGCGGAGAACCAUGGAACCACUGGCAAGAACUCAGGAGUCACCAUGAAAACAGCCCCUGUUGUCGAUCUUCUUCGAGAUCCUCCUGUGAUCGCACUCACAUUCGCUCUGUGCUUUUUUGAAUGCUCCAUGUCCGUAGUCAUCUACUCCUGGCCUCAGACAAUCAUGUCUGCUCGAACUCAAGCCUGGAUAUGGGGCAACCCUCCCUUUGGCGUCAUAUUCUCCAGUCUCAUGGGUGCAUUAGCAUUGGGAUCUUUCCUUUCCGCCUAUGUCUCCCGAGAAGGGAAUUCUGCACAGAUGUCAUCGCGCACAGUGCAGCUUGCGUUGGCAACUUCAGCCACAGCUCUUUUGCUAACCCUCGUGUCUCAGAGUGAGAUAGGCCGCUUCUGGGCGCUUUGCCUCUUUGAACUAUGCGUGGGCAUGUAUCUUCCAAGCAUAGCAUAUCUGAAAGAUCGUCUUGUCCAAGAUAAGCGACGGAACCAGUUGUUGACAUUGAUAAGAGCUCCCCUCAAUAUUCUUAUUAUACUUUGUCUUACUACUACCAGUCAAGGGGAACAAAGUCGCGAGGACAUAUUCAUGACAUGCAGCGGCCUCCUUCUUGUUACCGUUAUCCUUGUGGCUCGCUAUGUUCCAAAGUCAAGUAGAUCUGACUAA